UUCCAAAUUCCCGGUACCCAAAAUGCAUUAGAACUUGGACUGUCAACAUGGCUGACGGAAUCGCGAAAAUUACAGAUGACGAGAAUAAUCAAUGAAAGACGAUUUUGUGAUUUGUAGGUGCCAAGGAGCUCAACUAGUGAGUGGGUUGAGUAAAGGCUUGGGCCAAGGUCCAAGUCCCCCACUGGCCAGUCCUUCCAGCCAUGGGCAAAGAGCCUCUGUGGGAAUCCCCAGCCAUGGAUGAGACCUUAGAGGAAAAGAACUCUACUGCCCAGGACACAAAUUACGGGUGUGAAGACUGUGGCCAGACACACAUGGGGGACUGUCCUGUGCGAGGCCCGCUGUUACGGGUACAGGACAAGAAUAUACCUACGCGGGCCAGACUCACUCUGCCCUGCUAUCUCGUCGUCAAGGAAAUGGAACUGGAGGCUAGGAAUGGAAAUCAAAAAGUACUGGGAGUGUUUGCAAGAAAAGUGAUACAGCAGAGGACCCAGUUUGGACCAUUUGUUGCCCCACGCGUGCCCUACAAGAUUGAACCAGACCCGUUUAGAUUACUCUAUAAGAUAUUUGACAAGGAUGGUAAGGACAAGGCCUCACUGGACAUCAACGAUGAAAGCACAUGUAGUUGGAUGAUGUUUGUAAGAGCAGCAUCAAGUUUUGAUGAACAGAACCUUGUAGCCUACCAGUUUAACGAAGAUGUAUACUUUGCCACCUGUAAGCCAAUUUCACCCCACACAGAACUCAAAGUGUGGUAUGCAUCGGACUAUGCCAAGCUCCUCAACUCACACGUACUCGGAAGGCAGGAUGAGCAAAUGAGCGAUCUGUCUAUCCCGACUCCACCGUUUAAACACAAUCACACGCAAGAAGCCUUCCUCACGACCUUGAACUCGCACCAGGAGCCAGCAGAGGCCGGUACAAGUUACCAGUGCAGUGACAACAAUAAUAACAGCAGUCCAUCAGCAGAGCCUUGGAAGUGCUCCAACUGCAGCGAAGUCUUCAGCACCUUUGCACAACUCGAGUCACAUCCCUGUGAGAACAAACGCGCCAAAAGAGGGCGCAAGCCAAAGGUCAAAUCGCCUGUCAACCCGACAACGGUAGUCAACGAAAGUUGGAUCUUGGACGGAGAAGUGGGAAAGCCAGAAAAUCUAGCAUUGAAAACUGAAAAGGAAACUAAAACGGGUAAACCUCGACGGGGACGCGCCAAAAAAGAACCCAAGACUUACGCUUGUGGCGAGUGCCCCAAGAUAUUCGUGAACUCCGAGAAGCUGAAAACGCACACGUAUAUGCACACAGGUGAACGGCCCUUUGUAUGUUCUCAUAACGGCUGCACCAAGGCGUUCAUUUCCAAGUACAAGCUUCUUCGACACAUGGCAACACAUUCACCGAAUAAAAUGCAUUGCUGCACGCAUUGCAACAAGAAAUUCCACCGCAAGGAUCACCUGAAGAAUCACCUUCAGACGCAUGAUCCAAAUAAAGAGGCGUACCGAUGCAACGAAUGCGGCAAGGUCUACAGUACCAAGCCGGGCUACAAGAAGCACUUGGCGUUACAUGCGGCAGCGUCAGGUGAACUGGUUUGUAAAUUGUGUGAGAAGGACUUUGAGAGCACAGAGACACUGUUGCAGCAUCUGAAGCUGCAUUCAGGGAAAUCUACAGGUGUGAAGGAGAAGAAGCACCAGUGUGAGCACUGUGACCGCCGCUUCUACACGCGCAAGGAUGUUCGAAGGCACAUGGUGGUGCAUACGGGUAGAAAAGACUUCUUGUGUCAGACAUGUGGGCAGAGGUUUGGGCGCAAGGACCAUUUAGUGCGGCACACCCGCAAGAGUCAUAAGGAGGACGAUAUGGAAUUACGGGUAAGGUUAGGUGAGCAGUUGCAGGCUGUUGGGGUGACAACAGUACAACACAUGCUCGGGAUGCAGCAUCUGCAAGAGCAGCAACAUCAUCAUCAUCAACUCCAGCAUCAACACCAUCAUCUUCAACAACAUCCACAUCAACAGCAGCAACUUCCCCACCAUCAUCACCACCACCAUCAACAGAUGUCACCAAUGGGCCAACAGCAUCAGCAGCAGUUCAUGUAUCCAAUGCAGCAGUCAUUGCCACAGGCUCCCCCAGCGGCCAACAUCCCACCACCCUCCUGCACCAUGUCCCAACCGCAGCAGUUCACCGAGCUGCUGAAGAUCCCUCCUGUUCCAAGGUUCAAAUCCCAGAUCCAGCCCAAAGUUACCAUCAAGAACGAGGUCCAAAAGAUGAAUGACCCGAUGGACCUGGGCGGGCUGGACAACUGCAGCCUAGGGCGGAACCAGAUGAUGCAGGAAGCGUUAGGUCCAGGAGGAGUAGACUUGGGCCAGCUCUUGGGGUUCUUACCCCUCAAUGCCAUGCAGCAGCAACAACAGCAACAGCAGCAGCCGCUUGCCUCUGCUGCUCCUCCAACACCGACUUCGCCACCCAUGUCCCUACCACCCAACACGCCCCCGGCUACCCUCCCACAGUCCCCUCUCAACAUCCCCCAAACACAACUACCUCAACAAGGGAUGCAUGCCCAAGACCAGACGGGGGUUCUGCCCCAAUCACACAUGGACAACCACAUGAACCACGUGCAGAUGCAGCACAUGGGUCCCACUCAAAUUCCCUUCUCCGGGAUGCACUCGUUACCGAGAUUUCACCAGGCUUUCCAGUGAUCACUCCUUUUACCGAACCUUGUAGCACCCCGCUAAGUCCUUAUCAUCAGCUACAUAGCUAAGUAUCUCUGAUACUGACUUUAAUGAAAUGUAAGCUUUUUGUGUUCCUAUAGCAGUUCAUACUCAUUCCUAAUAUCUCUCUUCUCAGGCAUCACCUACAAGAAUAAUUUUUGUCGUGUAGAGGAAAGUUCUUAGUGGAACAGUGAUUUCAAUCUACUUGAUGACACUUUACUUACCUAUCGAUUUAACAAUUGGUGGGUAAGUAAAACUCGUAGAUAACAUGUUCGAUACUGAACAUACUUAUCCAGGGUAUAUUCCUCUUCUUGUAAGAUUCGAAAAGUAAAGAAGCAGGACAAUGAUCGUAAUGGCUUUGUAUACCAGAAAUAUGAAAAUUACAAAUAUGACAUCCUAUGUUACAUCCAUCACUGGUAGAUAGGUGCAGAUCUGUCAUUGGUUUUUCUGAAAAAAACAUCUGUUCGCUUGUUAAAGAGCAGUUUAAAGGUUCCCUGCAUUGUCUUAAUAAGACAUCGCUCUUCUUUUCAGAUGCAGUGGAUAGAUCCAUGAAAGUUUUUACUAAACUAAUCACUUCUUUCAGAUGUAAAGGGAUGAUGGUUCCAACCAUGGCCAUGAGCUUUAGAUUGAUUUAUUCCUGCUUGGGUCCCGCUACUGUGGUGAUGUGUGAAUGGACCCGCGUUUCCCUCGCAUUGCGUCGAGAGGAUUUAAGGAUAUUAAAUUCCAGUGUGAACAAGACCUUCAUAUGACUGUAUUCACAGCACACAAUUACCCCGUGCAUUCACACCUGGCGACAGGUGUACGUUAUGCCACGAUGUGACAUGCUGGGGGAUUAUUUAAAUUUUUUGGUGGUGUGCUGGAUUUUACACGAGAGAUGAAAAGCCUGCUGAUUACGGCUUUACAACGAAGGUUCUUUGGUUGAUUUUUUUACAACCUGACUUUAAUACAGCCCUUGAUAUAAUCCAGUUUUAAUGUGUGAAAUGCUCGUAAAUGGUAUAUAAUGAGCAAGUCAAUGUGUGACUAGUGUGCUGCAUACAUACACGAGUAGAUAAGUGUGAACGCUGCCUCAAUAUAAACACAAUGUUUAGUCAUGAUACUGCCCUCGCUUGGCCCAACUCAUAUAGUGCAAUUAUUUUGUUCAUACCUCUGUAGUAUAAUGAGCUAGUAUUUGCUAUAAGAUGAAAUCGAUGAGCUCUCUUUGCAAUCUCUAUUCAGCAUUUUCAAAUGAUUUGCAUUGUAAUUAGUAGCAGCUUAUAAAUAGAUGACUUAAAAAGGGUAAACAGAAAUG